CAGUCCUUGAUCAUCACAAUUAUUUGAGGACCUAGGUGCAUCUUCCUUUCUCAUCGGAACAACGUUGUGUGAUCACCAGACAACAUUUCACCCACGCCGUUCACGUUAAUUUUGAACCAUCUUCCCUUCAUCAACUGAAGGCACUUCACGGCAUCACCAUUCAGCACUUCCACCAGGCAAAGAACCACUGAUCAUCACAAUGGUACCCAAGUCGCCCACCGACAACGCCGACAAGGCUCAGAAGGAUGUCCAUUUGUCCCAACGUGAAAUGGAGAUCCUUUCCUAUGCCUGGCAGUGUUUCGAAUCACAGCCCAAGGUCAAUUAUGAGAAACUUGCUGAGGUCGCUGCCUUCAAGAACGCUACUUCCGCUCGAGUAAGCUUCAACUCUGUCAAGAGAAAGAUCAUGGCUUCUGGCGAAUCAAGCGAGCCAUGCACUCCUACUAAGCCUCGUGGGAAGCGUGCGGCGGAGGAUCAGACGACUCCCGAUUCUAGCAAGAAGGCUAAGUUAGCCAGCAAGUCAUCCCGCAAGAUCCUUCCUAAGGUUGAGGAGGAGGAUGACGACGAGAAGACCUUCAAGAAGAAGACCAAGGCUAAGGUUGAUGAGGAUGAUGCAGAGCUCAUGUCAAGACUCUUGGGAUUUGACGUCAAGAAAAAGUUGGAGAAGGAGGAGGACGAUGAUGAUGAUGAUGAGAGUGAGGCAUGGUAAUCACGACGCCUGCCAAUUCUACGUCUUCACGUACAACAUACAGGAAUAGUUGACACUCUU